CUGGAGCUGGUGGGACAAGAUGGCGGAGGCAGGGGUGCGCAUGCGCGCUAUGAGACUGUCGGGCAAGUGAGGCCCAGCUGCUGCUUCUUUCUUUCCUCCCAUUUCCUCUCUUGUGGCGGCUGAGGAGGCUGGGCUCCGGCAUGUGGGGCCGGUGGUUGUCUCUGAGGAGCCUGGGCCGUCUAAGUAGUUCUAGAUUAUUUGGUCCACAAUUGUGGAGAUGGAAGAGCAGUUCUGCUAAUGAAAGAGCAUUGCAGUACAAGACUGGCGAUUGCAUUCAUGGAUUCACAGUCAACAAGGUGACAACUGUACCUGAGUUAUUCUUAACUGCUGUUAACCUCAGCCAUGAUAAGACGGGAGCCAAAUAUUUGCAUGUGGCACGAGAGGAUUCCAAUAAUCUAUUCAGUGUUCAAUUCCGCACCACCCCCAUGGACAGUACAGGUGUUCCUCAUAUCCUUGAACACACCGUGCUUUGUGGUUCACAAAAAUAUCCUGUCAGAGAUCCCUUCUUUAAAAUGUUAAACAGGUCGCUCUCCACCUUUAUGAAUGCAUUUACAGCUAGUGACUACACACUGUACCCAUUUUCUACCCAAAAUCCUAAGGAUUUUCAGAAUCUUCUGUCUGUUUACCUUGAUGCUGUGUUUUUUCCUUGUUUGAGACAUCUAGAUUUCUGGCAGGAAGGCUGGAGGUUAGAACAUGAGAAUCCUAAAGAUCCUCAAACACCAUUAACCUUCAAAGGAGUUGUUUUCAAUGAAAUGAAGGGUGCAUUUACAGACAAUGAGAGGGUAUUCUCUCAGCACCUUCAGAACAAACUUCUUCCUGACCACACAUACGCAGUUGUGUCUGGUGGCCACCCCUUGAAGAUCCCUGAUCUUUCCUGGGAACAGCUGAAGGAGUUCCAUGCCACACAUUAUCAUCCCAGUAAUGCAAGGUUUUUCACAUAUGGCAACUUUCCACUAGAGCAUCACUUGAAACAAAUUCAUGAGGAAGCUCUGAGUAAAUUCCAGAAAAUUGAACCAAAUACUGCUGUCCCACCACAGCAACUCUGGGAAAAGCCUAGAGAACAUUGUGUGACAUGUGGCACGGAUGCCUUUGCUACAGACUCUAAGAAGCAGACAAUGGUCAGCAUCAGCUACCUCCUGGCAGACAUUACAGAUACUUUUGAAACUUUCACAUUAAACCUGUUGUCUUCUCUCUUGGUUGGUGGUCCUAAUUCUCCCUUUUAUAAAGCUUUAAUCGAAGCUGGACUAGGAACGGAUUUUUCACCCGAUAUUGGGUUUAAUGGCUCAACGCGAGAAGCUUAUUUCAGUGUAGGCCUCCAAGGGAUUUCUGAAGAAAACAUUGAUACUGUGAAGGAAAUUAUUGCCAGAACUAUUGAUGAAGUUAUUGAGGAUGGUUUUGAGGAAGAAAGAAUUGAAGCGCUGCUGCACAAAAUUGAAAUCCAGAUGAAGCAUCAAUCAACUAGUUUUGGGCUUGCCUUAACUUCAUAUAUUGCCUCCUGCUGGAACCAUGAAGGUGAUCCUGUGGACCUUUUGAAGAUUGCUGAGAAAGUGACUCAGUUCAGACAGUGCCUCAAGGAGGAUCCCCAGUUCCUUCAAAAGAAAGUAAAGCAGUACUUCAAGGAUAACCCCCAUAGACUGACACUGUCAAUGAGUCCGGACAUGACUUUCUAUGACAAACAAAAAGCGAUGGAAGAAGCAAAACUGAAAGAAAAAGUUGAGGCUCUUUCUGAGGCAAAGAAGAAACAAACCUAUGAAAAAGGUUUGGAGCUGCUGGAUCUGCAAAGCAAGCAGGAAGACACAUCUUGCCUUCCAGCUUUGAAGGUUUCAGACAUUGAGCCUAGGAUUCCAUUUACUGAACUUGAGAUGUCACUUACAGCAGAAGAUGUCCCUGUCCAGUACUGUGCUCAGCCCACGAAUGGCAUGGUGUAUUUCAGAGCUGUUUCAAGCCUAAACACCCUCCCGGAAGAGCUCAGGCCUUACGUUCCACUAUUUUGCAGUGUCAUUACGAAGAUGGGAUGUGGAGCUCUGAGCUAUAGAGAACAGGCACAAGAAAUAGAUUUGAAGACUGGUGGCCUUUCCGUUGGCCCACACAUCACAGCAGAUGACUCCCAUUUAGACAUAUAUGAACAAGGUGUGCUCUUCUCUUCUCUCUGCCUGGACAGAAAUCUGCCUGACAUGAUGCACAUUUGGAGUGAAAUAUUCAACAAUCCCCAUUUUGAAGAUGAGGAGCACUUCAAAGUCUUGGUGAAGAUGACAGCUCAAGAGCUGUCAAAUGGAAUCCCCGAUUGUGGACACCUGUAUGCUUCAAUUAGAGCAAGCAGAACCCUAACACCUGCAGGAGAACUGCAUGAAAUGUUCAGUGGCAUGGAACAGGUGAAACUAAUGAAGCGAAUUGCAGAAAUGUCUGACAUCAAGCCUGUGCUCCGCAAAUUGCCACGCAUCAAGAAACACCUCUUAAAUAGCGAUAACAUGCGAUGUUCAGUGAAUGCUACACCUCAGCAGAUGCCCAGUGCUGCAAAAGCAGUAGAAAAAUUUAUAAAGGGCAUUGCCAGGAGUAAAAAGGAAAGGAAGCCCAUCCGUCCACAUGUGAUUGAGAAACCUUCAGAUCCCAAAACUGCUGGUGAUGAAGCUCUUGCUUGCUUGCAGAUCACCAGGAAGCUAAUUACGGAUCCCACUUUCCAGCCAUGUCAGAUGAAGACCCAUUUCCUGCUUCCCUUUCCCGUUAAUUAUGUUGGUGCCUGUGUGCGAACUGUUCCCUUCACAGCCCCAGACCAUGCAAGUCUCCGUAUCCUUGCCCGGUUAAUGACUGCAAAGUUCCUGCAUACAGAAAUCAGAGAGAAAGGAGGUGCCUAUGGUGGUGGUGCACGGCUUGCCCAUAAUGGCAUAUUUGGUUUCUACUCCUACAGAGAUCCAAACUCACUGAGUACUCUGGAUACUUUUGAGAAAGCUACUGAAUGGGCCAAGAUGGGCAAAUUCACUCAGCAGGACAUUGAUGAAGCCAAGCUUGCCAUAUUUGCAGCUGUAGAUGCUCCUGUUGCUCCAUCUGACAAAGGAAUAAAUAACUUUUUACAUGGAAUCUCUGAUGAGAUGAAGCAGCGGCACAGGGAGCAUCUUUUUACAGUUGGCAAGGAUAAUCUGAUAGAUGCAGCCAAUAAAUAUCUUACUCCUGGGAAGAGCACAAGAGGACUGGCUAUUCUUGGGCCAGAAAACCCAGACACUGCCAAAGACCCAUCGUGGGUGAUACGAUGAUAUUUGCUGUUGUCCUGGUUUAGAGGAUAUCAAACCAAUUAAUAUGACAAAUACCAAAAUAACUUUGAAACAUCGUCUCCCCUUUGAAAGUGCUUUUAGGACAAGAAGCCAUUUCCACUUCACCAUUUUAAAGAACUUGGAGCUGCUGUAGUGUUUUUAUUGAAGAAAGAUUUUUGCAGUGAUGUCUCUUUCAUGAAACACAUGCUUUUUCCUUACAAACUUGAGUUCUAGAUUAUGGCCAUUAUCUAGCUAGUUAGUUGUAACUGCAUUGCGUCAAAGCCACAGUUUGUUCUAACUGGCUAUACUUUUAGCUAGAUUGUUCCCACCACUGUAAAAAUAUCCACCUAUUUUGUAGAAAUAGAAUGAUGCUUUCCAGUGGCUUAUCAUCAAUCAUGUCCAAUUCAAGGAAUAUCAUGGUUUUAAACAUAACUGUCCAGUGGACUGACAUUUUUCUGUACUGUCAUUUAAAUACUUUAUGUCUCUGUUUUGUGCCAUUAAAUAUUUCAACCCCGAUGA